AUGACAAAUUCAUCAGUGGUAAUCCGCCUAAGCUGCGUUCUACUAUUCAUGGGAAUAUUCGUGACCGCCGUGAUACUUUCCAUAAAAUUAUUACGUCAGGGUAACUGGUUCUCGUACAGUUUAGUGGCAUUUGGAGAUUCGCUCACGGAUAUUGGAAAUACUUGGGAUUUGACGAACGGUAGUAUCCCGUCUACUGCUUUUUACUAUAGGGGAAGAUGGUCAAAUGGUCCGACAUGGAUCGAAGUAAUGUCAAGCAAGUUAGGUACUAUUCUAGAGAAUUAUGCAUAUGGAGGCGCAACUUCAGAUAAUGAUAUCAUUCCUUCGAAUUUAACGAUUCCCGAUGAUCGAGGAAGAAAGAAACAUGUUCCUUCUCUAAAAGAUCAAGUUAAAGAAUUUUUACCGAAUGUCAGCACGACUUUACAUAGAUUUCAAACAACCUUUAUGAUUUGGAUCGGUGGAAAUGACUAUCAGUACUUAAUAAAAAACUACAACACCUCAACGAUAACACCUCAAAUAUUAAUAAACUCUAUCCAGCAAUCAGUAAAUCUACUAGAAGAAGCAGGCGCACACAAAAUCCUAAUCUUAAACAUUCCACCACUCGAUCGCACUCCACGCUACAUUAAUAGCACCGGUAGCGACUUAGAAUACAUAAAAUUAUCGAUCAGAGAUCACAAUCAACGUCUCACAGAAAUGACGCGAAAUUUUACGCGUCACAGUUCAACACUAGUGGUUAAAGUUUUCGAUGUGCACAAUUUAACAAUGGAGAUUAUCGAGGACCCAAGAUCUUUUGGAUUCACUAAUGUCGAUGAUCCGUGUGUGGUCAUCGAUGGGGGUGGGAAGAGGGAGGUGAGCAGAUGUGUGAAUGCGGAUGAGUAUUUGUUUUGGGAUGAUUUUCAUCCAACUGCUAAAGCUCAUCGAUUAUUGGCUAAUCAGUUGGUAAAGUUUUUAAGAUCGGUUGAUGCGAUAGCAAUAGCAGCUGAAUUAAGUUGUGGCUCAGACAAAGAUUUCCUGGGAAAAAUGUACUUAUCUAAUAAAGUAGCUGCAGUGCCAGUAGAUAACAGCUACUUUGAAACUGCCGAUUAUACAGAAUUCGAUUUGGCAUCUGCAAAUUUCACCUGCAACCAAAACAACAUUUGCGGCGAAAUAACAUUCAGUGGCAUCUACGUUGAUUAUUCGAAUGACGACUUCGACAACUUCGAAGGAACAACAACAAAAGUCACCGUCGUAAUCGUAAGUGGCUUAAACGACCCCAAAAAAGAAUACCCAUACAAAAUUCACGAGUAUCCCGUUCCGUCGAAUGGUAAAUGUGAUUCUGUAGGAAAUGUGUUAGGUAGCCCUCUUAAAACCAACAAUACAGACACAAACACGGCGACGAAAUGUAGCCCAGACACGCCAAAGAAUUGCGCAGAAGGUGAUCUGAGUGGAAAGUGGGGUGGAUUACAUGGAAUCAAUAGUAAUGAGAAGAGUACUUUUUUUUAUUACGAUCCGUAUUUGGAUUGGGAUGGAAUUAAAUCUAUUUUGGGGAAAUCUCUUGUUAUUUAUAAUUCUGACAAUAGUGCUCGAUUAGCUUGUGCGAAUAUCACCGAGUCCUAUGUAUCUGAGUACGAUGAUUUUUCUUAUGAUGAGUAUUUUGAAAUCUCUGAUUAUGUCUAG